GCUUCUCUCUGUACUGUGGGCAAACCCAGCCUUUCCCGCACGCGGCGCACCUGGCCCUGGCACCUGGUGCAGGGCAAGACUUCUUCCCUGAGCCAUGGAUGCUGUGGAACUUGCCAGAAGGUUGCAAGAGGAGGCCACAUGUUCCAUCUGCCUGGACUACUUCAUUGAUCCUGUGAUGACUGCCUGUGGCCAUAACUUCUGCAGAGAAUGCAUCCAGAUGAGCUGGGAGAAAGGGAAGGGCAAGAAAGGGAAGAAGAAGCAGAAAGGCUCCUUCCCCUGCCCCGAGUGCAGGGAGAUGUCCCCUCAGAGGAACCUGAGGCCCAACCGCCUGCUGACAAAGGUGGCCGAGAUGGCCCGCCAGCACCCAGGGCUGCAGAAGAGAGACCUGUGCCAAGCACACCAAGAGCCCCUUAAACUGUUCUGCCAGGAUGACCAGAGCCCCAUUUGUGUGGUCUGCAGGGAGGCUCAGGAGCACAGGCUGCACAGGGUGCUGCCUCUGGACGAGGCUGCAAGAGAAUAUAAGACGAAGUUGGAGGAAGACAUAAAGUAUUUUCGGGAGGAGAUGAUGAAGACAAAGACUCUGCAAGCCAAGGAGGAACAGGCCUUAACUGAGUGGCAGGAGAGAGUGAAGGAGCGGAGAGAGCGAAUCUUGGAGGAGUUCCAGAAGGUGGUCCUGUUUCUGGUGGAAGAAGAACGCAGGCUUCUCCAGGUCCUGAAGAAGGAGGAAGAGGAUACCUUGGGGAGGCUGCAGGACAGCAAGACCUCCCUGGAUCGCCAGAGCCACUCCCUGGACGUGCUCCUGCUGCAGCUGGAGGAGCAGAGCCAGCAGGAGCCGCUCCAGAUGCUGCAGGAUAUAAAGGACACCUUGACCAGGAAGGAGAGCCUCAGUAUGCAGUACCCAGAGGUGAUCCUCCCGGUGGCUAUCAAGACGGUGUGCAGAGUUCCAGGGCAGAUAGAGGUGCUCAAAAGUUUCCAAGAGGCUGUGGUGCCGGACCCCAGCUCAGCGUACCCCUAUCUCCUCCUGUACGAGAGCCGCCAGAGGCGAUACUUGAGCCCACCGCCAGAGGGCAGCGCCCCCUACAGCAAGGACCGUUUCGUGGCCUACCCCUGCGCUGUGGGACAGAAGAGCUUUUCUUCUGGAAGGCACUACUGGGAAGUGGGCAUGAAUCUCACCGGGGAUGCACUCUGGGCCCUAGGCGUGUGCAGGGACAACGUGAGCCGAAAGGACAGAGUGCCCAAGUCCCCGGAAAAUGGGUUCUGGGUAGUGCAGCUGUCCAAGGGAAAGAAGCACUUGUCCCUGUUACCCGACUCCAUUCCAGUCACACUCACGGAACCUCCCAGCCACAUGGGUAUCUUCCUGGAUUUCCAGGCCGGGGAGGUGUCCUUCUACAGUGUGAACGAUGGGUCCCACUUGCACAGUUUCUCCCAGGCUGCCUUCCCUGGGCCGCUGCUGCCGUUUUUCUGCUUGGGUGCUCCAAAGUCGGGCCAGAUGGUCAUUUCCUCAGUGACCAUGUGGGUGAAGGGAUAGAGGUUUGGGGCCAGGCACAGUCGCUGGGCGUGCCCGGGUUCCCCGGAAGGCAGGACGCUUCACCACCGUGGCUACCUACCCAGACUUUCUCUAG